AUGACGUCCUCAGCGACCGGCGAACCCACCGGCUACCCACCCACGCAGGCGCCCUACGAGUCGCGGACAGUCGGCGCCACCUCCCCAAAGACGGGUCGCGGUUCGAGCGCCGUACCAGCACCCGCCUCGCUCGAGUUGACGAAGGAGGACAAGCAAGAAGGUUACGACAUCUCGCUCCUGAACUUGCCGGAGCGCAACACCGCCGCCGCACCUCCCGCCGACCGAAACUCCUCCUCUGCGCUCGCGGCCGACCUACCCUAUGCUUCGAGACAGCGCGACUCCUCCUUCGACCGUUCAGACGGGGCUCGCGAGUCGUUCGGAUCGGGCAAGGAAGGAUUGACGGGCGGGACGACGAAGAAGACGGUUCGGCAUCACUCCUCGUCGAAGGACCACCAUCGCUCGGCGCCAAAGCGAGGUGGUUCGCGCAGUAGGAGGAAGGGGAAGAAGCUCAAGUGGUGGCAGAAACCGAUCACGCUGGUCGCGAUCCUCUUGCUCGUCAUUGUCGUUGGCGUUGCAGUUGGACUAGGCGUCGGCUUGGGUGUCAAGAAGAAAGGCGGAUCGAGCAGCUCGACUACAGCCUCGCCAGCAGGUCCGACUAUCGAGCCAAGUACGUCGGGCGCAGGUCGCACCGUGCAGGUCUCCGCCUCGGCAGCACCUUCGCCGUCAGUUCGCCCAGCAGGAUCAGGACCGACAGAGACCGUCGCGCCAGGCAGGCUAGCGAGGAGGACGAGGGCGAGGGAUUGA